GAUCACGACGAAUUUUCCAAUUCAGUAAAGUACGACUGUUUCUCAAACAGUAUCGCUAUUUCGCUGACCAAGAAUCGGCUCUCAAACUUCAAUCACGCUUUAUUUCACCUAAACAACGAAUCUUGCACAGGACAGCAGAUUAACACAACGCACAUCAGAUUACAAACUGAACUGAAUGACUGUGGAACGCUCAAGCAAAUUCUCAGAAAUGGCUCAGUUAUCUAUACAAAUCGAGUCUAUGGAUACAUCAAGGGACAAAAAAAUAAACCAGGGAGUGCUUCUAAAACAUAUAAAGUUAAAUGUGUGAAACCGCACGAUGCAUCAGAAAGGAAUGUAUCCACCUUGAAGUAUGAUAGCGUUGUGCCAAACUUCAGCACCCAAGACAGCACUCUUUUUCAAGUUGGACAUCACCACAAAGCUUUUUCGUUACAAAAAAGAAAUGGUAAGUUCUGUCCACGACCUCUUCAUUAAUAUUGCGGCAGUCAUUCAUAUAUUAAUGAAGUAGGAGAAACUCUCAAAAUCAAAGUAUAUCUCUUAAAUGCACAAGUUAAUACUAGGGAAAAAUUUUCGAUUGAGUGUUCAAAGUAAUCCAAAAUUCAUUGUCUUACUUCACUCGGCCGUAUUUUGUCUGGAAAAAUCUUGACCCGAUCUUCCAACCAGUUAGAUACAAAACCAACAAUGAACGACCCGCGUUUUCUCGUGUUUCAGGCAGCUUGCUUGCUUCAUUUUGUCGGUUUGUCUCUUGUGUUCGUUUUAGCUCCAUUGACAUUUUGGUUUUUUUGCACCGAUCAGCAAUUGAAAUCACAUUGGUGUACCUUAGUCCAUCUCGGUUUGCCUCACAACACCAAAUGCUUGUUCCGCGGCGUGCGCGUAAUAAAAUUCAUUGACGCUUUCAUUGUCCGUUUGGUCCUAUUCCUGUCCUUCAUAUAUUGACUUUAGCUUUUCUUUUUCGUUUUUUUUUCUUUAAUUUCAUUCAGUAAGCCACUCUGAUCCUCCUUUACCGAUAACAUACAAGACUAAGGAGAUUGUACAAAAUGGCGACGAAGUCAAGCUGACGGCCGAGUUCUCGUCAAAUCAUCAUGGAAAGAAAAAUGGCGUUCACUUUAUUGGAGUGGCAGUGGAAAACUGCCACACUUCCUCUGACGACAACUCCAGCAGUACGGAUGGCACCACGCUUAUAGAGAAUGGGUAAAACUGCCAUGCACUUAAGGCCAACUGUUCGCGCUCUACAUGCAUUUUUUAUUUCAGCCUGCCGAAGUCUCAGCUGAAACAAUAACGAAUGGGCUGGGUAUACAAAAUUAAUUACGCAUAAGUGCCCCUAAAACAAGAAAUUUAUAGCGCUUUUCUACGUGAUGUUUUUUUCAGUCAGUUAUAUUUGUAUUUUUUGACUAUUUAUAGCUGUGUGUCAGCACCACGCCUGUGUGGUUACUUCUUCCAGCAAAAGUCUUCGUCCCAGACAAUCACAUACAGAUUGUCUAGCUCCAAACACAAGAAAAAAGGAACGGUGUACAUCCAGUGCAGAUUCAUCCUCUGUCAGCUAAAUGACACAGAGCCUUUGUGCAUUUUUGGCUGCAGACCAAACAGGAAAUUAAAGGUGAACGAGACCCGCAGCGUUACGGUCAAAGUAGGACCUUUUUCCGCAAAAGAAGCCGCACUCGCAGUUGAAAGAAAAGGUUAGUUAACGAACUAUAUGCAAUCAUAUGGCAGCUAUGAUUAACUACACUAUUGCAGUGGUUUUGAAAUAUUUUACGCGACAGCAAGACUGUGGAAUAAUUUCAUUCAAAGACUUCUUUCAACUCGUCCUCCUUUCUAGUCCGUGCAGUGUUUUUACAGGUUUUUUAGUGCCUGUUUUUUAACUCCCACAAAUGGCCAAGAAAGAAUUUCCCUUAUCAAUACCAGUACAAAAUCAUUCAAGCAGACAAGUGAUGAGAAUGAAGAAAAAUAUCAAUUAGGGCAUUAUGAGGUGAUUCAAUACCAAGCUCUUAGAUCUAAAAUCAUGAGAAUUGUAUUGUAAACAGUAGGGAGAAUUUCAAAUGAGAUCUUGUGAGUGAAAUGAAACUUUUGUUGUCCUACUCGCUUGGCGCGCAGAGACGUGAUUCAAUUCUCAGUCAGGUUGAAAAAUAAGUCAGUAGCCCUUCUCUCACCGAGUUUUCCAGAGUACGCAAUACUUACCUCUUUCCAAUAUGUUUUAUGCUCAAAGUAUUGUGCAUGCAAUUAAUGUUCUGAAUGCUGCUACAUUAAGUAUACUUUUCGCUUUUUGUUUAACUUCCAGUUUCACUCAUAUUGCCAAUUGUAAUUGGGCUUCUUGUCCUCGUCGCUGCGGGUGUCUUCCUUUUCAUUUGGAAGCGGCACCAAAGAAAGAGUCGCAAAGACAAUUUAAUAUCUAACGAAGAAGGACUGACCGAAAGUGAGAGAGGAUUCGAUCUCAGCGAUACCUCAUUAUUCGACGGAAAUGAAUCGCUGGAGGCUCCAAUUCAAGAUGAACUGGAUAGCUACGCAGCAAUUGAAGGAAGAAAAUUGUUUCUUAACAUGGAUUGGACCACUGUUUAG